AUGAGAAUACCUGAGGUGUCCACAAAUGUCACAGUGCCGACCUUCGAUUCCGCAAAUCCAAUGGCGUACCUCCCUGCUUCGGUAGUUCGGGAAUUAACAAUGGCCUCUUACGUUCUAGUCGGUGCAUUGGUCGUACAACUAUGGGACAUUGCGAAUAACAUUGGAACAGAUUACAUGCUUCUGAGGAAGCACCCGCUGAAGCCUCCAGCCGUCGUGUAUUGCAUAUCAAGGAUAUCAACGCUUGCCUAUCUUUUAGCUGCCACAUUAUACGAAACGGCUCCGAUUGGACAUUGCAUGAUGCUCUCCAAGCUACCGCCCUGGAUAUUCGUAGUCGCCCUGCCUUCUACUUCCCUCCUUUUUUACUUCCGAGUGUGCGCGAUGUACCACAACAACAAAGCUAUUUCGGCGUUCUUUUUCGUCAUGUGGCUCGGUGUGGUCGGCGGUUGUGUCCCCAGCACAAUUGGAGUAUCCGGAGCUAUGAUUGGACCGACGAAAUAUUGCAUAAGCACCACUCUCAAGCACUACGUUGCUCUAGGCACAAUUAUGUCCUUGAUUUACGACAGCGCUGUUUUCAUUGCGAUAUCAUGGCGUCUGACGCAUCUUAAUCUGGUAGACGACAUGGAUAUCAAUUUCAAGGACGUCAUAAAAGCUAUCGUAUUAGGCAAGAAAUUGUCCAAAUUAUCCAAAGUCCUACUACAAGAUGGCCAAGUAUACUAUCUGAGCACCGUUGUAUUCAACCUAGCUGUUUUGGUUAUUUUCUACAUGGAGUCAAUACCACUGGUGUAUCGGACACUUCUAGGUUUACCGGAAUUUACGUUGAUGAACGUUAUGGCUUGCCGUGUUUAUCGCAAAACAAAAUGUGGAAUCUAUUUCGAAAACACGACACUGGAUCACUUAUCAAUUGGAGGGCCAAUAACAUUCGGCUUGCCGCCUGUGGAUGUCUCCCAGAGGCCGGCUUCCAUAUCGCAGAAUAAUAUGAGAAGACAUGUAUUUUCCGAAACGGCUUCCGAAGGAACAACCACCACUAUGCCUACAUCGCACACACCCACAAAAAUGUCAACACAAGACGGAGAAUCUGAUCUAUGUUAA